CUUCGAACGACGAUGGGGCAACUGAUCUCGGCGUGCUGCGGCGUCGACGAGGACCACAACCUGCACUCGUCCACGCGCCGUUGCAAGUCGACGGCGACGAAAUAUGAAAGCUACGAGGAACUUCAGACGUCGCUGCAGGAAGCCGGCCUCGAGACGUCGCACCUUCUCAUUGCUAUCGACUACACGCGUUCCAACGACUGGAAUGGCAAGUGGUCCUUUGGCAAGUCGCUGCACUACAUUGACCCAAGCGAUGUCGACGCCAACCCGUACCAGGCGGUGAUUCGCGCCUUGGGGAAGACGCUGGAAGCCUUUGAUAAGGACCAGCUCAUUCGACUGUACGGCUUUGGCGACGCCACCACGCGCGAUGUGUCGUGCUUCAAGCUCGACGACGCGCCGUGCCGAGGGUUCACCGACGCGCUCGAGCGCUACAAGGUUGUAACGCCAACGGUGGCACUCGCGGGACCCACAAGCUUUACGCCAAUCAUCGAAGAGGCGGUGCGCCUCGUCAAAGCAACGCAGCAGUAUCACAUCCUCGUCAUCAUCGCCGACGGCCAAGUGACGUGCGAGACAGAGACCGCCGAUUCGAUCGUCGCUGCCUCCAACUCUGCCUUGUCCAUCAUCAUGGUCGGCGUCGGUGACGGUCCGUGGGAUAUGAUGAACAAAUAUUCCGACAAGCUCACGCGGCGCCGGUUCGAGAACUUUCAAUUUGUCGAAUACAACAAAGUGCUCGAGUUUAAUGUGGCCAACCCACAAGUUGGCUUUGCCGCUGCCGCGCUCGCAGGUAUCCCAGCGCAAUACAAGACCAUUCGCCAGCUCGGUCUUCUUCCAGAACACUAAGGAUGCGUCGAAUCAUAAGAAACGAGCAAACCGCGUCGUUAGUCGCAAAUAAACCCUAUAAACCCUCUUUGACGUCAGACAGUAGACAAUUAUGCUUGUAGAAAGUGUAUAUUAG